CACAAAUAAACGAAAAUUAUACGCCGUGUGUGAUUGGUGCGACCGCCCACGGCGCACAGUCAGUGCAGGGAAAAAGCGCGCGGUGUCGGUGUGCUCACUGUACUGCGCUACUUCGUCGCUUCGACGCGUUUGAACGUGAAAAAUUGUUUGAUAUAUUGUGUCAUUUUGAUUUGUGUGAGUGUGAUUUUGCAGUUUCGUUUACUUUUUUCUUUCUUUAAGAUCAUUUCUCCUCCUGUUGCACGUGUUAUAUCCGUCGCUGGAUGUUUUAGUAUGAUGAUGAUUGUAUUCUGAUAUCACACUGUCACACUGAUCGUUCUCUGGUGAAUAAUUAUCGUUUUGCGUGGGGAGCUGUCAGAAAUGCACAGCGAGGAGAAACGGGUCCCGCGCGCGGAGAAAUCGGAUAAGAUUCAUAAGAAUCGUCAGUCUGCGCGUGAUGACGAUCGAAAAACGGAUGGAGAGAGGAACGGCGGCGAUGGGCCAACGGAAGAGGCAGCGUGAUGACAGCCGAGACCGUCAGAAAGAUGCCAACCACUCGUCCUCACGCAGACGCCGAUCGCGCUCCCGCGAACGCGACACGAAGCGUCCACAGGACGACAAACCCGGCACACGCAACGGGGAGAAAUCACCGCGGAAAACCGACGCAAAAUCCCGCAGCGGCGAGAAGAAGCGCGGCCAGCCGGACAGUGACGAGAAAAAGCGUCUGAAAAAUAAAUCCGCGGCGGAGGACGGCGUGAACAAGGCGGAGGAGGACGAGGAGGAAGAGGGGCAGAUUGUGGAGCAGAAAGGGAAGAAGGAGCCCUUCUCCCUGGAGGAGAUCCUGGCCAAGAAGAAGGCCGAGGAGCAGGCGCAGGCCAAGCCUAAAUUCCUCACCAAGGAGGAGCGUGUCGCCGAGGCGCUGCGCAAACGCCAGGAAGAGGCGAGCGCGCUGCGUACCCGCCUUGACGAGGAGCGGAAGAAGGGCGAGCAGUUCGAGCAGGAAGCCCGCCGCAACGGCUGGGAGCGGGAACGGGAGCAGCGGCGGUCGCGCUCGCGCUCCAACAGCCGCGAACGGGAACGCCGCCGUCGGGAACGGGAUAGGGAACGGGAACGCUCCCGGGAGCGACGGGAUCGCCGCGAGGAGGUCUUCAGCGAGACGACGGACGACUCCGAUCCCGAGCGACGCGAGCGGCGGCGUGCCGGGGCGGAGGGCGACGCGGAGAAGGACAAGGAUAAGGAGGAGCAGGCUAUCCAGGAGAGGUAUCUGGGUGUGACGCAACGACGGCGGCGGCGUCAGCGGCGGAGGAACGAGCGCAAAUUCGUCUUCGACUGGGACGCCGGCGAGGACACCUCGCUGGACUACAACCCCAUCUACAAGGCCAAGCACCAGGUGCAGUUCUUCGGCCGCGGACACAUCGGCGGCAUCGACAUCAAGAGCCAGAAGAAGAACGCCAAAUUCUACCAGGAAAUCCAGAAGGUGAUCAAGGAAGUGGGAUACGCCUCGCCCACCCCGAUUCAGCGGCAGGCCAUCCCGGUGGGGCUGCAGAAGCGGGACAUUAUCGGCGUGGCGGAGACGGGCAGCGGGAAGACGGCGGCCUUCUUGAUCCCGCUGCUGACCUGGAUCAACUCGCAGCCCAAGGAAAAGCGCGACGUUGACGGGUCCCCAGGUCCGUACGCCAUUAUUAUGGCGCCCACGCGCGAGUUGGCGCAGCAGAUCGAGGAGGAGACCAUCAAGUUCGGCACGCCCCUCGGCGUCCGCACCGUCGCCGUCAUCGGAGGUUUGUCGCGCGAGGACCAGGGCAUGAAGCUGCGUCAGGGCUGCGAGAUCGUCAUCGCCACGCCGGGUCGUCUGCUGGACGUCCUGGAGAACCGCUAUCUGGUGCUCAACCAGUGCUCCUACGUCGUCCUCGACGACGACGGCUGAAUGAGCGCAAGUUCGUCUUCGAC